GUUAGUUCACUGCCGUAAAGCAAUUCGACACUGUAGCUGUCGAAGAGACGACGGCUAACCUUAACAAGCGAUAAUUUGACAAAAAAACUACUUCAAACCGACCGUUUUCUUUUCAUUUUGGUGAGUUAAUAACGGUUAAACAAUAUGGCGGAAAGAUUUGACAACCUGGAGGAGCAUCUGGAGAAAUUUAUCGAGAAUAUUCGACAGUUGGGGAUCAUUGUUAGCGACUUCCAGCCGAGCAGCCAAGCCGGUCUUAACCAAAAACUAAAUUUCAUGAUCUCCGGAUUACAAGACAUAGAGAAAUGCCGUCAGCAGCUACAUGAGAUCAACGUCCCGCUGGAGGUGUUUGAAUAUAUUGACCAAGGUCGAAAUCCACAGCUGUACACUAAGGAGUGUUUGGAGAGAGCCUUGGCAAGGAACGAGCAGGUCAAAGGAAAGAUCGACACCAUGACGAAAUUCAAGAGCCUUUUAAUUUCUGAGCUCGGCAAAGUCUUUCCGGAGGAGAUGGGCAAAUAUAAGGCGAUACAUGGAGACGAUGCCCCGUCCUAGUGACUCCUGCUGUAGUAUCAGUGCUGACCUUCAACCUGGAACUCUGGAACUCAUAAAAUGAAAGUCUGAGUGGAGUUUAAUCAAGAAAGACACUGUGUGGUUGUCAGCAAAAUAAUAACGAUCUUAACUUGCUCUUAUUUCUUAUAAAUGUUGUGAUGCUGCUGACCAGUACACUGAGGAAAUGCAGAAACAUUAGAUUUCUGCUCUGCAGUCUGACUUCGCCAGUCUUCUCCUUUCCCUACAUUUCCAAACUUCAUUUAAAUGAUUUCACUUUAUUUAACAGUAUAUAGGAGAAUUCAGAAUGAGAAAUAGUUUCCUCCAUUGGUUUGUUACUUUGCUAGAGGUCACAUUUGUUUUUAAUAUUUGCAGCAGAAUGUUGUGACAGCUCUAGUCUGUGCAGAAGAAAAUGUACAAGAGCUGCUUUUUGAUUCUGCAUUGAGGGAUUUACUCCAUUGGUUGUACAUACAAAAUAUUUAUACUUGACCUUUUUGAAAAGCUUCCUAAAUGUUGUGCAACAUACAUUUGUACCACAGUUCAUAACACUUUUGUAUCAAGCUCAGGUUUCUAAUGGCCAUGAUAACUGAAUGGUAAUUUGAAGAAAAUGGUUUGAAGAUAACUUUGUGCCUGAUCUAUGAGUCCACAUUUUAUUUGUAAGCUGUUUGUAUUAUAAUUUUUUGUUAAUAAACGAUCCUUAUUGGACUGAU